UAAUCAGCAGCAGUUGAAAACUUUGGGAUAGAUAGCCACCCCUUAGCUUAGGGAAUCAAGUCCAAGGUAGAUGGUCACCAAACAGCUGGAAUCAGACAAAAAAUAAACAAGUUCUUUGCUGCACCCAAGAGUUCUGUCUCUGAAAAUCUUGAAAUAAAUAGCUGCCUCUACACCAUUUUUGUAUAGAUCCAAAAUAUUCACCCUUCGGUGUGAGAAAAGCCCUUUUUUAUAUUUAAUAAGUGUUCUAUGUAGAAGUUAGUGGUUAUGGGCAUGGUUCCACUUAUCAGUAAGCUCUACUUUGGAGCUUUCACCUUUAUAUUAAUCUGUUUACUUGGACAGAACAGCUCUGCACUUGGACAGAACUUGUUGAGCUGCCAGACAACAUCUCCAGAUGCUCCUGGCUACCAUUGUAACAGUAACGGAUUGCAGGAUCAGUGCAAGACAUUUGCUAUUCUUCACACUAGCUCAUACUUCUCGUCUCUUUCCAACUUAAGCUUUUAUUUGGGCUUAGAUCGGUUUGUGAUCGCGGCAACAAACAGCUUUUCUGCCAACACUGAAUUUCUGCCGAAAGAUCAGCCUUUGCUGAUACCGAUUGACUGCAAAUGCAAUGGUGGCUUCUUUCAGGCUCUUGUGACGAAAACUACCAUCAAAGGGGAGAGUUUUUACAGCAUUUCUAAGUCACUGGAGGGACUAACAACCUGCAAAGCCAUUCGAGAGAAGAACCCAGGUAUCUCACCGGAGAAUCUAAAUGGUAAAGUUCAGUUACAGGUACCCUUGAGAUGUGCUUGUCCAUCCUCUACUGAAUUCAUUCUAGCAACUAGACUAUUGCUUUCUUAUCCUGUAAGUGCAGGCGACACAAUCUCAAACCUUGCUAUUAAGUUCAAUACUACUCCAGAAGCUAUUACAUCCGCAAAUAGCAGAUCAUUGACAACCUUUAAACCCACAAGCCUUGUACCUCUUACAUCUCUUUUGAUACCACUAGGUGGCAAGCCUACCCUCGGUCCCCUUGCAAAACCUAAUGAACCCAAUUUGCAUAUUCCUCCAAGAAGCCUUCCAGUGAUCAAUCCACAUAAGAAAAGGUCCAAGAUGUGGAGGAUUGGUGUUUAUAUUGCUGUUACUGGAGCUGUAGUUGGAGUAAGCAUUGCUAUUGCAGCAGCUUUCUUGGUGAUCCAAUUGAAGAAGAAGAAGCAAGUUUUAAGCAAGGAGGCAGAUAUGGAGCUUCAGCAGCUUAGUUUAAGUGUAAGAACUACAAGUGACAAGAAAGUCUCAUUCGAUGAAUCACAAAAUCAUUUUGAUAGUCAGAUCACUGACACCACACCCGGUAAGGUGUUUGUGGAGACUUACACUGUAGAGGAGCUCAAAAGAGCAACCGAGGACUUCAAUUCAAGCAAUCAAAUCGAAGGUUCUGUGUAUCAUGGUCGUCUCAAUGGGAAGAACUUGGCAAUAAAGCGCGUGCAACCAGAAACUAUUUCAAAAGUUGAGCUUGGGCUUUUUCAAGAUGCAACUCACCAUCAUCCAAACAUAAUUAGAGUGGUCGGAACAUGUUUGAGUGAAGGUCCUGAUUCAUUUUUGGUUUUUGAGUACGCUAAAAAUGGAUCUUUGAAGGAUUGGCUUCAUGGGGGACUGGCCAUGAAGAACCAAUUCAUUGCCUCUUGCUACUGUUUCCUAACGUGGAAUCAGAGGCUGAAGAUAUGUCUUGAUGUAGCAGUGGCCCUACAAUAUAUGCACCAUAUCAUGCACCCUAGCUAUGUUCAUAGAAACAUCAAGAGCCGGAACAUCUUCCUCGAUGAAGAAUUCAAUGCGAAGAUAGGAAAUUUCGGCAUGGCAGGGUGUGUUGAAGAUGAUACCAAGGAGCCAGACUUUAAUUCAACCAACCCUGCCUCUUGGAGCCUUGGAUACUUGGCCCCUGAGGCUCAUCAAGGUGUGGUUUCCUCUAGCACAGAUAUAUUUUCUUUUGGGGUGGUUUUGUUGGAGGUUCUAUCUGGACAAACACCGAUAACAAGGCCUAACGACAACGGAGAAGGGAGCAUUUGGCUGUCGAAGAAAAUCAAGUCCAUCUUGCUAUCAGAAAAUGCGGAUGAGCUGAGAGAAUGGAUUGACAGUGCAAUGGGGGAGAAUUACUCAUAUGAUGAGGCUGCCACUUUGGCCAAUAUUGCACGAGCUUGCACAGAAGAAGACCCUUCUUUGAGACCAACUUCUGGCGAAAUCGUCGAAAAGCUGUUGAGAUUGGUGGAAGAAGCCACAGAAGGAGAGCAGAUACUAAUCUGUGAAAGCUCUUGCAAACCUCUAGUCAAGUCAACUGCAACAAGUGUUUAAAUAGCUGAUUAAAGGAUCCUAAUCAAGGCAUAAGAAACACUAGUUCAACUGCUGUUUCAAUGUAUCAUAGCCUCUUGAUGUGGGCAGUGGGAUCCUGUAUAUAAGUAAGAUUAAUUUCUGUGAAGAAAAAAUAUAUCAUCAAAUUGAGCAGAGAAGGCAGGUCUCUUCUACUUUGUAUUCUCCAUGUUUCUCCAAUAAUACUUGAAAUCUAAUGUUAAA